GCAACCCGGAGGAAGGCCCCCGUGUGGCUUGUUGCCAGGAUGCCACAGCCCGGGUAUAAAGGCUGCCUGGGGAAGGAGCCUCCAGACCAGCCCCGUCCUCCACCCUGACUCCACUCCAGCCCCACGCCGCCAUGUGCCAGUCCAGCUGCUCCACGGGCUGCCAGCAGGCCUGCUGCGUGCCCAGCUCCUGCCAGACGUCCUGCUAUGCCUCCUCCUGCAGCUCAGCCUGCUGCGUGCCCAGCUCCUGCCAAGCAUCAUGCUGUAUGCCCAUGAGUUGUAAGCCAGCUGUGUGCAUGCCCGUGACCUGCAAGCCCGCUGUGUGCGUGCCCAUGACCUGUAAGCCCGUUGUCUAUGUGGCUCCCUCCUGCCAGUCCUCUGGGGCCUGCCAGCCCUCCUGUCCCACCCUGCUCUGCAGGCCUGCCCCCUGUGGCACCCCUACCUGCUGCUGA